AAAAACUAAAAAUAUAACUUAUACUCGAGAAGAAUAAGAAUCUUUUUUUGAUCAAACGACAAUUGUUCAUUGGCUCCACAAUGAAUGCCACCUCGCCAAAGUCAUCUCUGGUCAAGUUGGGCCUGCAUACAAACAAACAAAAGACGCUCAAGGUUAUGGUCCUGGGUCAAAGUGGCGUGGGAAAAACGGCCAUGGUGGUGCGUUUUAUUACCCGUCGCUUCAUUGGGGAAUAUGAUCCCAAUUUGGAGAUAUACACCUGCCAAACCACGCUGGACAAGGAGCAGAUUCAGUUUGACAUUCUGGAUGCCACCGGUCAGCUGCAAGAACUAGAUGGAGUCAGCCUGGAGUCCAAUAUACGCUGGGCCGAUGCCUUUAUCCUCAUGUACUCCAUCACUGACAAGUGUUCCUUUGACGAGUGCAGUCGCCUAAAGUUCCUGAUUAAUUACAACAAAAGACGCAAGCUGGGAUCAGCCAGUAAA